AUUAGCAGAUGCGGCAGAGAGUUAGUAAACAAGGUGGCGGCGGGAGGCGGACGAGACGGUGUUCACAGCUUGGAUUAUCUCCACCAUCCUCACUCGUGGCGGACUCCUGCCCUCUGCUGCCCCUCGGUCACAUUUACUGUGCUAGCAUUAUUGAACUGAUCAAAGCAUUCUGGAGAUAAAGCAGUUGCCCCCUAAAUUAACAAUGGAGCAGGAGGAACUGCAGUAUGACGAAGGUGUGGACGCAGGCGAGGCCGGAGAGGAGAACUUUGUCGGUGGUGGCGAGGAGGACCAUCAACUCAAUGAUACAGAUCAGUCUAUAGAAACAGAACUGGAGGCCAUUAAAGCUCGAGUCAGAGAAAUGGAAGAAGAAGCCGAGAAAAUUCGCCAAAUCCAGUCAGAAGUGGAUAAACAAAUGAGUUUGGGUUCACCUCCAGGCGCCGCAGGAGCAACAUCGCCACUCAACAUGUCUAUAGAAGAAAAGAUGGAAGUGGAUGCUCGCUCUAUAUAUGUUGGUAAUGUUGACUAUGGAGCUACAGCAGAAGAGCUUGAACAACACUUCCAUGGGUGCGGUGCGGUGAACAGAGUCACUAUACUCUGCAAUAAGUAUGAUGGUCACCCAAAAGGCUUUGCAUAUAUAGAGUUUGCAGAGAAAGAUUCUGUUCAGAUGGCAAUGGCACUGGAUGAAUCGCUCUUCAGAGGACGACAACUUAAGGUAAUGCCUAAACGGACAAACAAGCCAGGCAUUAGCACCAGCAACCGACCUCCACGUGUGAUGAGAGCCGUUGGACGUGGACGAGGACGUUUUUACUCUGGGUAUCGACCUUUGAGAAGACCAUCCAGGGGCCGGAGGUUCUACUACAGCCCUUAUUAAUGGCGACACAUGGAGGAAAUGCAGAGACAGGUGGUUGCUGAUCACUACUUCCGUAAUUGCUUUACUAAACGUUACUUUUUUUUGCAAAGUAAAUUUUUUUAAGGUAUUAAUAUUACACUUGACGGGUUCCCUCUUUUCUGGUAUUUUGAGGUAAAUCAUUAGACAUUUUAUAGGCUAUUAUACGUUACAAUGUAUAAGAGGGGCGGGAAUCAACGUAAUCUGUUUCUCCAUCAUUUUCAGGGGCUCUUAUUUGUUCUUUUCCAAGGAUGCCAUAAGAGCCGUGUGUGAGCGCGUGCUUGCGUGUGCAUCUGUGGGUCGGGUUGGGUAGAAGUGGUGCAAGAUGUGACUUGAUCAGCUAGUGUUUAAUAGUUAGUGAUCUAUACAGUAUUAGUAGUGUGUGUAUAACCCUCUGAUAGAUUUUUAAUACGUUAAUACUCAACAUAUAAUUUUGUAUCAUUGACUGUUGUAUGAGUGCAGCGGUAGGAUGGGUGCUGAUCGUGUCACCAGUUGGAAUGGGAUUAGAGUUAGUGAUAAGCCUAUCUAACCCUUCCUUUUCAGCUCGACAAUAAAGGCAAUCACAGAGUUCCCUUCUUGCUUUAUGUUUUAAUUUUCUUGAUAAUCAAGUGUCUGAUAAACCCAUGUAGUUUCAGUAUCGGUGAGCCUUCGUUGAUUUUUUGAUAGCGAAGCGCUAAAAAACUGCCUUGUUUUAUAAAGCUUGAAAUUACAUGUGGUAAGCUUAAUAUUUUUUAAUCUCAUUUUACCAAGACUUAAUCUGUGAUUGUCUAGCAUCCCCAAAGGAGAUUGCAGAUAAAAAAAAUGUAUGCAUAUAAAAAAAAUAGUUCUUAAAAAAAUCUAAAAGAUUAUUCAAGGGAAAAUACACAGUUUAGAUAAAAAAAAUGUAAUAUCAGAAAAGAGGAAGAUUGUAAAGAAAUCAAUAAACAAUUGUUAAAA